AUGCCCCUAGCCCUGCCUGAAGGUUUGCCUGAAGGGUUGCCUGAAGGGUUGCAUGAAGGCUUGCCUGAAGGGUUGCAUGAAGGGUUGCCCGAGCAUGUGAAGGUGGAGUGGCGGCCGCGCACGAGAACCCGAUGCGACGCCGGGGCGAUUGCAAGAGGCGUGAUCAAGCCGCGCAGCAUGAAGGAGAGGCGAAGGCGAGACAAGAUCAGCAAUGGGCUGGGCCACCUGGGGCAAGCACCUCGCCGUGCUGCCAGUGACACACAUCCCAUGGUUCCUUCCACACCCUUCCUUUUCCCCUCUCCUUUUCCCUCCUCUCUUUCUGCUGCGUUUCCCCAUUUCCACUCCCCUUUCCCCCACCCCCUUCCCUGCUUGCACGACCAGCAAUGGGCUGGGCCAACUGAGCCUAGCAUUUCCUGCCGUGCGGCUAGUGUCACACAUUCCAUGGUUCCAUCGCCCCUCCUUUCUCGCCCCUCCUUUCCCCCCUUCCUUCCCCACCUCUCCUUUUCACUCGUGCCUUUUCUCCCCACCUUUUCCCAAACCCCCGCCACCCCCGCCCCCUUCACGACCAGCGAUGGGUUGCGGCAGCUGAGGCAAGCACUCCCCGCCAUGCUGCUGGGGCCACGGCAGGACAUGGCGUCGAUGAUUGAAGCAGCCAUCCACCACAUUGGCAAUCUCGAGUCCCGCAUCCAGGAAAUAGAGGCAGACGAGGAUGGGGAUAGAGGGGAAAGAGGGUCCCAGAAGAAGGAAACUGUGAGUGGACGUGAGACGCCUGGGAGUGGGCUUCGGGAUGUGAAGGCGGAGGAAAUGGAAGGGGAAAUGGUAGAAGACAUGGAAGACAGCUCUGAAAAUGAGGAAGAUGCAGACAAUGAUGAUGACCACGAUUCACGCAUCGACAUGUAUCUCAAAGACUGA